UCUUGUCACACUCUACUUCGCAGCUGUUUCGUGAACUAUAAACUUUCAAAUUCUCAGUUUACUUUUACAUAUCAAAAUAUCGUUAAAGAAAAGUGGCUAUAAAAUUUCUUGCCUCAUUUAAGUCAGUUUUCAUGUUCGUUAAUAAAUUUAAUUACAAUUUGCAUAGUUUUCACGCUGACAUGUUUUGAAUUUACGCAAUCGAUUAAAUACAAUAUCGACAAUAUCUAUGUCUACACAAUAUCUAUAAUAACAAUAAUCCUGACUGAUAAGACUCCCAUUCGUUACGCAGUUUAUUAAUACAUGACGUAGAUGGAGUAUGAUGACGCUUGCAGUCAGCAGUUAGUUGGGUACACUUACUCUAGGGGGGCCAAUAAUCAUGCCAAUCCAAUAGUUAAUUAAAUAAUUAACGAACUAUCUUAACGAAUGCUCUAAUGGAAACGCUGUACCACCAAACAAAUAACACGGUCAAGGAAAUUGAGCAAUGCUUUCAACGACUUGGCCAAAUUACACCUCAGGAAGCGCUUGACGUGGAGAAUGCAAUACAAGUUAAAAUUACCCAAGCCAAUUCUAACUGCGACCGACUCGAUGUAUUGCUAUUCAAGGUGCCGCCCUCACAGCGGCAGAGCUCAAAGCUGCGGAUAGAUCAGCUUAAAUAUGAUUUGAGGCAUUUGCAAACAUCACUGCAGCACGCACGUGAUCGUCGACAGCGUCGGCUUCAGGAGAUUAGCGAACGGGAGCAGUUACUCAACCAUAGAUUCGCUGCAAACAGCACUGCGCCAUCGGAGACUUGCCUUCAAUUGGAUUACGAGCUACAGCAUCACACACAGAUGGGCAAUGCUCAUCGGGGUGUGGAUGACAUGAUUGCCUCUGGUAGUGGCAUACUAGAAAGUCUAAUAUCACAGAGAAUGACGCUAGGCGGCGCUCAUAAGCGUAUACAGGCUAUUGGCAGCACACUGGGGUUAUCCAAUCACACAAUGAAGUUGAUCGAGCGCAGGUUGGUGGAGGACCGGCGCAUCUUUUUGGGAGGCAUGUUGGUUACAUUGCUAAUUAUUGGACUGAUUAUAUAUUAUUUAGUGCUGUAGUAAAACGAAUAUAUCAUGCUCGGAAUUUAAAUUAAAUUUAGUACAUAUAUUUUAAUGAAA